AUGGAAAGUGGCAAUAUGAAGAUCGCUAUUCAGUAUCAAAAAGAGAUCUUCUAUCUUCCCUUCAUGUACAUCUUUAAAUGUCUCUCCAGCCGUUCCGAUGCCGAAAUCACGGAGACUUUGACGAGAUGUCGACCGAAUGACCCCUCUGGUGAUCGAUCGAGGGAGCUCUUCGCUCUACAUUAUAUGAAAAGUGGUAAUAUGAAGAUCGCUAUUCAGGUGAUUCAAAUGUUGAUCGCCAACAAAAAAACUAUCCGAUUGUGCUCAUUCGGCAACGAUACAAAACAAAGGGGACUCUCUUCACAGAGUAAACGAUCAUUUUAUGAUCAUUUCUCGAAAUGCACAUCAUCUCAU